AUUUGACAAUUUUUUUCUGAUUUACUUUGGAUUUCCCUUCUGUACCGCUUAUCCUUGCUUACUUUUCCACCUGGUCAAUCUGUUUUCUUCAUUUCCCAUCGGGGUUUGCUCCCGUCUCUACUCUGUUUAUUUGGGUUUGCCUUUUCCCUUCUGGCUUCCCAUUUGGGUCUUUGCCCAUUUUUUUGCCAUUCACUGUUUUCUCGAUUCCUCUUUUGAAUCCGUCUUCCUUAUGGUCAGUUCCUUUUCUUCAUUUCUCAUCUGGGUUUUUUUUUCCCCUGUAUAUUAAACCAAGUUUUUUCCCCCUGUUGUGUGUUUUUUGGCUUUUUGCCCUUUUGUGCUAUUCAUAGUUUUUCCAGUUCCUCUUUUCCAUCUGGGUUUUCUUUUCCCUCUUUGGUCCGCCCCAGUUUUGUUCUUUCUUUAUUUGUGAGUUGCAGACACCUUUGAUUUGGUUUAGGCACCAAUACCGUCAGUGAAAGAAGUUUUCUGAGUCUAGAAACAGCUAGAAGAAUGAAGUGUUUCUUUCCCUUCAAGGAUAAGUCCAAGUCCCGGGAAAGGAAAUCGGCUCCUGAACUGAAAAACCAUACUAGUACAUCGGAAAAUCCGGCACCAGAUCGGAGCGCAAAAUCAUUAGGUUCAACGUCAACGCCACCACGGAGCAUACCAGAACUGUACAGAGACAAUCAGCAGAAUUUGAGAGUCUUCUCCCUCACAGAGCUCAGAAAUGCAACUAAUGAUUUCAACAAGUUGUUAAAGAUUGGAGAAGGUGGCUUUGGGAGUGUAUAUAAGGGUACAAUUAAGCCUUCCGAUGGGCGUGGUGAUCCCAUUGUCGUUGCCAUUAAAAAGCUUAACAAACACGGCUUGCAGGGUCAUAAACAAUGGCUUGCUGAAGUCCAAUUUCUGAGUGUUGUCAAUCACCCAAACCUUGUAAAACUUCUAGGAUACUGCUCUAAAGAUGGGGAAAGAGGGAUUCAACGACUAUUGGUGUAUGAGUACAUGCCCAAUAAGAGCUUAGAAGAACAUCUUUUCAGCCGCACAGCGGCACCUCUGCCUUGGAAAACAAGAUUAGAAAUUAUCCUUGGCGCUGCUGAAGGAUUGGCUUACCUGCAUGAGGGAUUGGAAGUCCAGGUGAUCUAUCGAGAUUUCAAGUCGUCAAACGUGCUCUUGGAUGAAAACUUUAAGCCAAAGCUUUCCGACUUUGGGCUUGCUAGGGAAGGCCCAGUUGGUGAUCGGACUCAUGUAUCAACAGAUGUAAGUACUAAUGUAUCAACAGAUGUGGUUGGAACAUUGGGAUAUGCUGCUCCAGAAUAUGUUGACACUGGCCAUCUUACGAUCAAGAGUGAUAUAUAUAGUUUUGGCGUAGUGCUAUAUGAGGUCAUAACUGGCAGGCGUACUUUGGAAAGAAACCGGCCACCCAAGGAGCAGAAGCUUCUAGAAUUGGUGAAGCAGUACCCAGCUGACAGCAACAGGUUAAGCAUGAUCAUUGAUCCACGGCUCAGAAACCAUUAUUCUCUGGUCGCAGCUCAGAAGAUCGCCAAGCUGGCAGAUAGUUGCCUUAGAAAAAAUGCAAAUGAUCGGCCUACAAUGAGUCAAGUGGUACUGAGCUUGAAAGAAGCGACACAAGAUUCAGAAGCAAUUUCUUCGGAGAAUAGGAGCGAGGGCACGUCUGCAUCCAAGCCGGUUGCUUUAAACAAGCCCCCACGCCGCCAAACGGAAAUUACAGAGACUGCAACCAGGCCAACUCAGUUACCUCAACCUAGACAUACAUCGAUUAGGGUAUAAAUGGCUGAGCAUCAAAUAUGUAGCAGAUGCAGGUCUCUUGCAGCUGCAGCUCUGGGCUAAUGAGGUUUGGACCCCGGAUCCAUGCGUCUCAAAGGGAAGGGACUAGAGUCUUUCUUGGACCUAACAUCACCCCGGAUCCCGGAUCAUCGACUGGCCGGGCCUGGCCUGGCAUAUCCAUCUAUCUAUCUAUAUAUAUCGAGUAGUGUUUUGGAAUGAAAAUAUUUAAUAACCAAUUUUUUUAUUCGACAAUGUUCAUCUUUUGGUUCCCCAGCCUUCUCUAUUCAGAGGUUAUUUGUUUAUUUAUUUAUGGAAUAGGGUGGCGGCGGUCUGAAAGGAUGGCUGGAAUUUCAUGCAACUGAGUGAGGGAGGGGAGGGGAGUGGAUUGUAUGCGUCAUCUUGACUCUAAAUUACGGAGUUUUGAGCUUUGAUAUUUUCUGCGGCAAAUUACUCUGCCCUUCUCUCUCUCUCUCUGUCUACCAUUUGGAAAAGCGUGCUUGUCUUGACCCUAAGAGAAGAAAAUAUUCAUUAUGCAACCCCCCAAGCAUGUGUCACGUAAAUAAUGUUACCAACUCUCUUCUCUUGUUGCAAUACAUCAUAUAAUAUUAUUUAUUUAUUUGGGUA